AUGGCUGUUUUGCUAUGGUUAUUAAUCUUAUCUGCAUUUCAUGCAGUAACACUAGCACAACAAAGGCAGUUUAAUAUAACUCUUGGCUCUUCUCUAACACCUACUACCAAUUCAUCAUGGUUUUCACCAUCCAGGCGCUUUGCCUUUGGGUUUUAUGAACAAACCAAUGGCUAUGCUGUUGGAAUCUACAUCGUCGGUAUGCCUAACAAGACAGCAGUGUGGACAGCAAAUAGGAACAGUCCUGUUGUCCCGAGCAACACUGUCUUGCUCUUAACUAAUGAUGGAAGGCUCAUUGUGAAAGUAGGAAACCAGGAAAUCUCUGUCAUCAAUCCCUCUCGAGCCAUUGCUUCAGCUUCCCUGAUGGACACGGGAAACUUUGCGCUCUAUGAUUCUGAUCGCAAUGUCAUUUGGCAAAGUUUUGACAAUCCAACAAACACACUUUUACCUGGUCAGCAUAUAUCAGUUGGACAAGAGCUGUUCUCGAGUGCCUCGGAAACAGAUGACUCAUUAGGGAUUUUCCGUCUCAAAAUGCAAGAUGAUGGGAACCUUGUUCAGUACCCUGUCAAUACAGCAGAUAGUGCCCCAUAUGCUUACUACGCAUCCUACACCGCUGGAUUAGGGAAUAAUGUUUCACUGAAUCUUGAUGAUGACGGCCUCCUCUACUUGUUCAAUUCCACCAAUGGUCUAAAAAAUCUAACCAAAGGAGGCUACCGUAGAGAAAGGACCAUCAUUUAUAUGAUGAAAAUUGAUGCUGAUGGUAUUUUUCGAGUUUAUUCACAUUCUCUGAACCAACAGAACAGCUCCACGAUAUGGUCAUCAACAAAUGAUGGGUGUGAUCCAAAAGGCCUUUGUGGGCUUAAUGGUUUUUGCACCACUAUAGAUGCUCAAGCUAAAUGCUGUGAAAGGAAUUUCACCACAGAAACCUGUCAGUUAAAGGAGAACACUUCCAAAUACUAUGAUAUGAGAACAGUUGAAAACACAGGAUGGGAAGAUAGUACUUAUGUUGUUUUGGCCGUAACGACCAAGGAAGAUUGUGAACAAGCCUGUCUACAGGAUUGUAACUGUGAGGCUGCUUCGUUCAAAGACAAAGUGUGUAGAAAGCAAAGGCUGCCUUUGAGGGAUGGAAGGAGAGACCAGCGUAAUUCUAAUCUUGCAUUGGUCAAGGUGGGCAUUAAUGUACCUAACAAAGAGCUGCCUGAUCAGAAGAUUGAAGAAAUAAAAGGCAAAAAGCUAAGGAUAGACAUCCUAAUUGCCAGCAUUACAUUGACUGUUUUUGCUUUGUUGCUGGAAAAAGUACAGAAAGUUGGUGAGGUUGGUGCACGGCUUCCAAGCGUGCCAGAAUCCUCAGACAAUAGCAUGGCUUCCUUGUGUGUGUCUAUUAGAUAA